GUCUGGAAGCAAGGGCUCAAUUUUAACAGAAUCCACCUUAAAAUCACUCACUUAACUUAUACCUACCUUCCGCCACUUUGAGCGAGUAUAUCACAGGAAGAAAAGGGGGGGGUGAAUAAAGACGCCUCUGGAAAAUUCGGGUGUUAAUAGGACAAUAUCCGCGGUGGAGAAGGGAGAGAGACAACAGCACAAGCGAGAGAGAGAAACCCGAUUUGGUCUUGAGAGAAAGAGGGGGGUGAGUGCUCUCAAGGCAGAAAAUUCGAUGAUGACCAUGACUACGAUGGCUGACGGUCUGGACGCUCAGGACUCGUCCAAGUCUGCUUUCAUGGAGUUCGGACAGUCGCACUCACAGCAGAGCUCCCCGUCGAUGGCCGGCGGCCACUACCCGCUGCACUGUCUCCAGUCCGGCUCACACGCUCACCACCAGCACGACAACAGCGCGUAUCCCGGGACCAACACCUACAACAGGUCGUUACCGUACCCUUAUGUGAGCCAUCCGCACCACAGCCCAUACCUGCCAUCCUAUCACAACAACACGGGAGGACAGACAAGGUUAGACGGCGCAGAGCAGCAGAAGACGACAGUGAUUGAAAACGGGGAGAUUCGUUUUAAUGGGAAAGGCAAGAAAAUUCGCAAACCGCGGACUAUUUAUUCCAGUUUGCAGCUUCAAGCACUGAAUCACCGUUUCCAGCAAACACAGUACCUCGCUUUACCGGAGCGCGCCGAGCUGGCGGCCUCUCUGGGACUGACACAAACACAGGUUAAGAUUUGGUUCCAGAAUAAGAGGUCGAAGUUCAAGAAGCUGCUCAAGCAAGGCCACAACCCAAACGACAGCGACCCCAUCCCGGGCUCCAUGUCCCUGUCUCCGCGCUCCCCGACCAUCCCUCCGAUAUGGGACGUCUCGGCCUCUUCCAAAGGAGUAAACAUGCCAGCCAACAGCUACAUGCCCGGAUACUCUCACUGGUAUUCCACCCCACAUCAAGAUGCAAUGCAGAGAUAGACUGCCGAGGAAAAGGGACCAUGUGAGCAGCGUGGAGGGCCUUCGGACCUCCGCCAUGCAGUAACUUUCCAACGUAGCCUACAAUUUGUGUCUGCGGACGCAGGGCAGGGGAGAGAGGACCCCGCUGCUGCUCCUCUGCUGGAGGAUGGGACUGAAAAACACAGCCAAGCUUCGGUGUGAUGAUGAUGACACAAAACUACGGGACUGACCUGUCAUUUUUCUUUUUGCUCAUGGCUGUGCAGUGGGCUCGCGAUUGUUAAGCUUUCAUCCAUGUCAACAUCUGAACGUCACUAUACCAAAUAAUAUCUGUGACAUUUUUGCCACUUUUGGGGCAAAGACUGUUCUCCGGGACUGCCAGUCCUGCUUUUUUUUUUUUUUUAAUAUAUAUACAUAUAUAUAUAUUUUGGUCGUUCCUCCAACAUGCAAAAACAAACAAAACAUGUCUGUCUGUAAAUAUAAUCAGCUAUUUUAGUUGUACAUACACUUUUUAUGUUUUGUCAGAUUGAGUAAACCGUGACUCAAACAGAUGCCUGCUGUUGCAUGAUUUCUCAAAAGAAAAAAGGAAAACAAGAAAAAACUUUAUUUCAGGCCCCUUUUAAUACUCCAUAUUGGGCCAACAUCAACUCCUUACAGGCCUGCUUCCCUUCACUGGUGAACACGAGCUUAUAA